AUGAUGGCGCUUCACAUCACAUCUGCCAUGGACGACCUCCUGGCUGCCGCCUUGACCGCGGCCCAGCACGACCGCCUCAGCGGCGCGCUGCGGACCGCGAGCCGUGCUCUGCUGCAGCUGGCCAUGGAGCGUUGCACGGAGCUGCGCGUGGCGCCUGAGUGUCCUGGGGUCAAGGACGACUCCUGGCAUCAACUCACGUUGCUGCUGAAGGGGCUGCCGAACUUGCGGCUCCUGGACCUCCAUGGCGUGAGCAUCACGGCCGAAGGCCUCCUGGAACUCAGGCGUGCCGCGCCGCGCUGCCAGUGCUGGGACCUGCGCUUUUGCUGGCGUUUGCCCUGGCGAAGCUUAGAGCAAUGGCUGCGGGAAGCACAAGGCCAGGGCAGAUUUCUCAUACGCUGUCCGUGCAGCCAAGCCCGAAGCUGA